GAGAGAGAGAGAGAGCGCUUGAAGAUGGCCACGAUGAGCAACGGUGUACAGCUAGACGCCAACAAUAGUGGCGGCAGCGGGCGGAUGAACGGUCUGAGCCACAGUCAGAACACCAUCCCGAUGAAGGAUCACGACGCCAUCAAACUGUUUAUCGGGCAGAUUCCCCGCAACCUGGAGGAGAAGGACCUAAAGCCCCUGUUCGAGGAAUUUGGGAAAAUCUACGAACUGACUGUGUUGAAGGACCGCUUCACUGGUAUGCACAAAGGCUGUGCCUUCCUCACGUAUUGUGCUAGGGACUCGGCGCUCAAAGCACAGAGUGCGCUACACGAACAGAAGACAUUGCCAGGGAUGAACCGGCCGAUUCAGGUGAAGCCAGCUGACAGUGAAGGUCGUGGAGAAGACAGAAAGCUCUUUGUGGGAAUGCUGGGCAAACAACAGACUGAGGAUGAUGUGCGGCAACUCUUCGAAUCGUUCGGUUCGAUUGAAGAGUGUACCAUUCUUAGAGGUCCCGAUGGAACAAGCAAAGGCUGUGCAUUUGUAAAAUAUUCAUCGCACGCAGAGGCCCAAACAGCCAUCAACAGCCUGCACGGAAGUCAAACCAUGCCAGGAGCAUCGUCGAGUCUGGUGGUGAAAUUUGCCGACACCGAUAAGGAACGCACUCUUCGGCGAAUGCACCAGAUGGCAGGGCAACUGGGCAUCUUCAACCCAAUGGCGAUCCAGUUUGGCGCGUACGGAGCUUACACGCAGGCGCUGAUGCAGCAGCAGGCGGCAUUAAUGGCAGCAGCACAGGGCACCUACCUGAACCCAAUGGCCGCUAUAGCUGCAGCGCAGAUGCAGCAGAUGGCAGCGUUCAACGUGAACGGGCUGGUGGCAACGCCAAUGACGCCUUCCUCAGGUACCAGCACUCCCCCUGGCAUCAGUGCCACAGCUGUACCCAGUCUAGCCACGCCAAUUACAGUCAAUGGGUUCAGUGCUAUGCCACCACAGACCAAUGGACAACCAACAUCAGAUACCAUCUACGCCAAUGGCAUCCAUCCAUAUCCAGCUCAAAGUCCAACGGUGGCCGACCCACUCCAGCAAGCAUACACGGGCAUGCAGCACUACACAGCAGCUUACCCUGCAGCAUAUGCCCCCAUUGGACAGGCAUUUCCACAGCAACCCCCCAUCAUCCCCCAGCAACAGAGAGAAGGACCAGAAGGAUGUAACCUGUUCAUCUACCACCUGCCACAGGAGUUUGGAGACGCCGAGCUCAUGCAGAUGUUUAUGCCAUUUGGCAACGUCAUCUCGGCCAAGGUCUUUGUUGACCGCGCCACAAACCAAAGUAAAUGCUUUGGCUUUGUGAGUUUUGACAAUCCAACCAGUGCUCAGGCUGCUAUUCAGGCCAUGAACGGCUUUCAGAUUGGGAUGAAGAGGCUAAAAGUGCAACUGAAACGACCAAAAGAUGCUAAUCGGCCGUAUUGACCAACGCCUAAA